UACGGGAGAGGAAGCAGAGCCAGGAAUGAACACUUGGACGGCAGUUGGUAAAUCGACGAGCGGGAGGACUCUCGACACAGGCAUUUUGUUCAACAAUAUUGCAUUUCAAGUACACUGAGACAAUCAAAGACGAAAACGAAACAGGCCAAGAGGAAGCGGAAGAAGAAGAAUAAGAAGUAGAAGAAAUUCAAAUUUGCCGCGGCAUCAGCCGCGCCAAUAGACUCGAAGCUUCGCGUUCGAGUUACCGACUCGUCCGCCAAUAGUAGUUGUUCGUAAUGUUGCACGCGAGGAUUGCCGUCGGUGUCGCGACGUCGUAUCAAGUUACAAGCAAUAACUACUUGUCUCGUCGUUUUUUACUUUGUCGCAUCGAUGUCGACAAAAGAAUCCGAUCGAUUGGUGAUCGUGCGAUCAAUCGUGGCAAAGUUACUCGACAUGACAUGCGCGGAAAUUACCUGAGAAUAUUGGAGAAGUGCAAAUCAAAGAAGCUUCCACAAGAUGUCAAUCCUAAAGGUGUCUUUGCUUGCAACGAGUUGGAUCUGAAGGAAGUUCAAGUAUAUGGAUUCGAUUAUGAUUACACUCUUGCUUGUUACAAGCCUUCGAUGGACUAUCUACUUUAUAACUUAGGACGAGACAUGUUAAUAGAAAAAUACAAGUAUCCAGAAGGAAUCAAAGCACUCGAAUAUAAAGAGGAUUUUGCUGUUCGUGGACUUCAUUACGAUAUCGAAAAGGGUCUAUUGCUGAAACUGGACAGUUUCCUACAAAUUCAGUUUGGUAGUGUUUAUCGAGGUCUACACCCUUUACCGGACGACGAAGUUCUGAGGCUCUACAAGAACAGAAUAAUUCCAAUAGCUUAUGUUGAAGCACCUCACAAACAUUCACAGCAUAAGGAUGGUUUACAUCGAACAAAAAUGGUACAACUAGCAGAUCUCUUUUCCGUACCGGAAAUGGGUUUACUAUGCAACGUCACGGAAUACUUUUUAAGGAAUCAUAUCGAUUAUCAUCCAGAAAUACUUUUCCGAGAUGUUAAGAAUUCUGUACAAAGUUGUCAUCCCAUAAUGCAUGGUAUGGUAACAAAAAAUGUAGCCGAAUAUUUGGAACAGAACAAGGAUUUAAGGAGGUUCUUCGAGCGGCUCAAAAAUGCUGACAAAAAUAUGUUCUUGGUGACAAACAGUCCAUUUCAUUUUGUUGAUAAAGGUAUGAAAUUUUUGGUUGGCGAUAAUUGGAAGGAUUACUUUGACGUUGUGAUCGUGCAAGCAAGAAAACCAAGAUUCUUCACGGAGGAAUCACGGCCAUUACGAAUUUACGACGAGGUGAAAAAAACUCAACUAUGGGAUCGUGUAACCAAACUUCGAAAAGGUGUUAUAUACUUAGAAGGUACGGUUAAACAGUUGCAAGAUAUGACAGGAUGGCGAGGACAUCAGGUGUUGUAUUUUGGUGAUCAUCCGUACAGUGAUUUGGCAGACGUAACUCUGGAACAUGGUUGGAGAACUGGCGCAAUAAUUAAGGAGUUAACUCACGAAAUUGAAACGCUUAACGAUCCAAAAUUUAAGGAGAAUGCAAAUUGGCUUCAAAUGUUGACCGGUUUAAUAGAAGAACAUCAAGAUUAUGAGGGUCCCGAAGUACAGGACGAACUUAAUAAAUGGAUGAUGGAACGCGACCAAUUGAGAAAUGAAAUAAAAUGUGUAUUCAAUCAACAAUUCGGCUCGGUUUUCAGAACGUAUCACAAUCCGACCUAUUUCUCAAGAAGACUUUUUAGAUUUGCUGAUGUUUACAUGAGCUCGAUCACGAAUCUUUUAGAAUAUUCAACGAGUCAUACAUUUUAUCCGAGGAGAGGUGUUAUGCCUCAUGAAUACACGAGUUACUUUGUGUAAAUAGUUCCAAUUUAUAAAUGUCUUCCAUUUUUCUUUUUAUCUUAAAUAUAAUAUAAUUAAUUACAGAAAAAAAUCAAAAAUACUCUCGAGAGCUUCAUUCGAGGCAUUAAUAUAAGUACAAUGUAUAGUUGAUCUAGUUGAAAUUUGAAUAGAAAAAUAGAAAGAUCGAUAUAAAAGCUUCUCAACUAAAACACUUGUUGAUCGAGUUGUAGGAUUUUAUUCAUUUAUUGAAAUCUCGUUAUUAUAAGAUCAUCUAAAUGUAUAAAUGUAAUGAAUGUGUAGAUAAGUAAUUUGUAAAAUAUUAAAGCAUUAUUGCAUCAUUGCACACGUGAUAUUCUCUAUUAAUUUUAUGCGAACAAAAAUUUAAUGAAAUUCUUAUACUUUCAUCGAUGAAAUAUCGCGUGUAUAUAUAUAUAUAUACAUAUGUAAGUAGCGUAUUAAUAAAAUUUACCGUCAAUUUGCAUUAAA